AUGAGCCUUGGCGGUGGCGAUUUACAAGUCAUAUUAAGACGCAUACGUCAUGGUUUCAUUGUCUGUGAUGAUUCAGAAUUAUGCGACAAAAUUAUAAGUCAAGAAGUUGACAAUGAGCAAAGACGAAGAAAUUUAGCAAAAUCGAAAGGAAUUAGUCUCGAAAAAACUGAUUUAUUAAAUACACUUCGAACAGAACAAGAUUUUAUUCUUGAUGAAUUAUCACAUUCACCUGAAUGGACAACAGCUAAUGUUCAAGUUCGACGAGUUCGUUGUGAAACAUUGGGUCGACUUAGUGAAAUCAAAACUGAAAAUGAAGCUAAACGGACAGUAAAAAUUAUUUCAUGGCAAGAUCCAUCUACAGCUCAAACGAAUAAUAAACAUUCAAAUGAAUUAUUUGAUUUCGAAAAUGAUAUUGAUGAUUCUACAUCUUUAUUUCAACGUCGUACAGAACCAAUUUUACCUCUAAAACAACCAUCACCUCUUACAGCUCUUAUUCAAUCAACAACAUGUAAACAAAAUCCAUUUGCAAAUUAUGCAAAAUUUGAUGGAACACCAAAUAUAAGUUCAAAUCAAGCAAAAACAUUUACUGUUCAUUUUAAAUUUCAAAAACAAAAACUUCCUGUUAUUGUUUCUUCAAAUGCUACAGUUACAGAAACAAUUGGAUUUGCUUGUUAUAAAUAUACAAUGGAGAAUCUUGAACCAAUUCUAACUCAAAAAGAUCCGUCCAAAUAUUCUCUUUAUAUUGGUGAUGAUGAUGGUGAAGCUGAAGAAGAAUUUCCUCCAUUAACAAAUGAACGAGCAAUUGGUCAAUAUGAUUUUCCUCAUUUAGUAUUAAUUGAACAAGUAACACAAGGAAAAGUAUCAACAUCUUCUAUACCAUCAACUAGUGAUGGAACUUAUACUGAUGAUGAUGAAAAUUAUAAUGACAGUAAUGAGGUUGAUGAUGAUGAUGAUGAUGGUUCAUUUCAUGAUUCAUCACGUUCAAUAACACCACCAUCAAGUGAACAUCGAAAAUCUUCUAGUUCACUUGGAAAAUCUUCAACGAAUGUUAUUGUUCAAGAUAUUUCAAAUGAAAAUGAUCCAAUCAAUGAUUUAAAUCGUUUAUAUGAAAGCCUUAAUCAAAAAUCAUAUAUUUUUGAUUAUUAUCUUAAAUUAAGCAGUAGUAAAAAUGUUAAACUUCGUAUUGAUGUGUCUGGUGAACAAGUACGUUUGGAUUUAUUAGAAAAAACAAGUAAAUUACCAUGGCAAAGUAUGUCAUUAACAACACAACGUUUAGUUGAUUGUAAUAUAUUGAAUAAAGAUCGAAGUAGAAAACGAGAUCGUACACGCGUUUAUCUUGUAUUUGAAAGUCAACAGGAAUCGAGCGGUGCACAAUCAUACGAAACAUAUGAAUUAGAAUCAACAAUAGAAAUAGCUGAACAAUUCCGUGAUCAAAUUCUUAAUAUAAUUAAAUUAAAAAAUCCACAAGGUCAUGAUACAUAUGAACAACAUCAACAACAACGUGAAAAUACAAAAAAACGACGUUCCUUUUUCAAUAUAUUAGGAGUCGGCAAUCCUAAUACUGGCUAA